UUUAUUAACAUUGCUAUCGGGGAGCCCAAAGCGCACACGAGCGAGGGUAUAUUAUCAUGCACACACGAGAUCGACAAGUUUCAAGUAGCUUCCUUUCCGAGCCCACACCGCAUAUUCUUGGUUGACACACCUGGCUUCAAUCAUACAUACUUGGAGGAAUCAGAGGUAGUUGACAAAAUUUCUAACUGGCUGAAGGACAUUGAUUUCAGACAUCUGAAAAUUGCCGGCAUCAUAUUUCUGCACGAUAUAACUCAACCUGAUUACUCAUCUUUGAACCAUGCCAUUCUAACUGUUCGGAUGCUAUCGGGCUAUCACUCGCUAAGGAAUAUCAUCCUUACCACGGCGAACUGGAGUAAUAGCGGGUCGGGUGUAGUAGAGAAGCAUCAAAAACGACUAGCGGACACUGAGUGGGGAAAUCUGAUUUCUCUGGGAGCCAAGGAUGCUCACUUUUUGGGCACGAAAAACUCUGCCUGGACAAUCAUUGAAUCUAUUGUCCAGAAACCAUUGGAAGAAGCCCUGCAAAUACAGCGUGAAAAUGGUUGCUCAAGGUCGUGUCACGUCACACCCGUCUCGGCGAUCCGAAGAUGGAUUUCCAUGCUUUUUCUCUCGCACAGUCGGAGGAGAAGAGUAGGUAUGGAUCAGAGGUAUUUUGUGUAG